AUACCUGGAAUCCGCUUGACAAACACUUCAUAACGUUGACACAUUCUCAAAUGUUGUUAGCUCGAUGAAGUACCCAAAACAGCAAUGACUGUUUAUGGAUUUUACCUACUGACGCUCCUGGCUGUACUUGGAUAUCGGACAUGCAGUGCAUCAACAACAAGCCAACCUACUCCUGGUUUAAAACCAGUCCUCCAGGAUGCCCUCUCUACAGAAUCCCGUAGAAUCAACGUGACGUGGACUAACGACGAUGUUAUCGGAAACUAUAGUUCCCUUUACAUGGUAGCAUGGACCCCAGUACCCUCAGGAACAUCAGGAUCUGAGAAUACAACACUGAAGAAUUACUCCAUACAGUCUCUGUCACCGGGAACAACAUAUACGGUCACUGUUACAUACAUCAUCACUGGGUACAACAGGGAACAGUUGAUGCCAUCGGACACAAGAACAUACACAACAAAGCAAGAAUAUGGGGGCACUUGCAGCACCAGUAUUCCAUGCGAUGACGCUAGUAACACCAUCUCCUGCAACUUCGGUGUCACAAAGUGUCUGUGUGUUGAUGGAAGAUACCGCAACGGCCAAGCGUGUAUCGAGUACAAGAAGGUCACAACUUUGGCUUGA